AUGGAUUUCUUUCUCCCUUCCGCUAAUUGCUUCGACGAGAGGUUGGAAAGUCUAAGUCCGAUCACGGAUCACAAUUACAGGAUCAAUGUAAUUGACCUCGGCUGGAUUCUCUCGACUCUUGAGCCUGCCAUUAUUGCUCAAGUUGUCGACUGUACCACCACUGCAGAUCUAUGGAAUGAUUUUCGAUCCACCUACUCGCAGCGCGCCUCUGCAUCUCGUGUUCUUGAUCUUCGCCUUCAACUCCAGACUCUCAAGAAAGGCUCCUCUUCGUGUCAGGAGUUUAUGAAGAAAAUGAAGAGUAUCGCAGAUCAACUUCCCUCGAUCGGUGUGCCCGUCUCUGAACAGGAUCUUGUCCUUCACGUGUUGACCGGGCUUGGAGCUGAGUACGAAUCUUUUGUCACCGCUAUUACUACACGAUCUGAUCUAGUGACCUGGCCUGACCUCCAAGGCCUUCUUCUGACACAAGAGCGGCGCCUCCAGGGGCCUUCAGGCACUCAAACAGAUAGUGAGACAGACACCAUCUAUAGAACUUGA